AGGCAACAUUGGAUCCAAACGAUCCAACAAAACGAUAUUCGUAUUGCUCUUCAAAUUGUUUCUGGUACGAAUCGAACAAAUUGGGCUCCGUGAAAAUGACACAACUCCAAGGAAACGAUCCAGAUUAUUCAACAGUACGAUCAAAAUUCUCAUUUGGACUGCCAAACGCGAAAAUAAUCGCGAUAAUUCGAUGA